CAUACAUAUAUAAUUUAAAUCAAGUCGGAUCAUACCCGAAAAUUGGACCGACCCAUUUACACUCAAGAGAUUUACUAUGGUAAUAAUAAAUACACCACUACCACAUGACAUAAACUUAUAAACAUGAGCACAAUUGCCACCCGAAUUGACUAAUGCCUGACUCGUGUACCCAUGUAACACAUCAUCAAAGGAAGAGUAUCUACGCAACAGAAAAAGUACAGUGUAUAAAUAAACACCAUAUGAUAUGUUAUCAUUAUCGACCGCAAGAGAAACCGGUAGUACUUUUAACAACCAGGAGUUCAAUAAUCCCUUCAAAUCCCUGAAAUAUGUCCUAUUAUAUCCCACUAAUUUUCUCAAAUUCAAGUCAACUCUAGCUAUUUUCGCAUUGACUUUCAUAUCUCUUCUCCUAUUCUUGGUAAUCAUCUCUUCUAACCGUUACUCCAUCAUUUCCUUCUCCCGAUACGACGCCAUUCCAAGAAACAUCACCACUUUCCCAACGAUAUUUAGCGAUGAAAAAGAGGAAAAGACCAAUAUAUCCCACAUCCUGUUCGGUAUUGGCGGCUCAGCCAAGACAUGGAACGACCGGCGCCAUUACUCCGAGCUAUGGUGGAAGCCCAACGUCACUCGUGGAUUCGUCUGGCUCGACGAGAAUCCGGAAACGACGACGUCUUCGGAGUCCUUUAUGCCGUACAGAGUCUCAGGAGACACGUCGGAUUUUAAGUACUCGUGCUCUUACGGCUCCCGGUCCGCGGUUCGGAUGGCUAGGAUUUUGAAGGAGAGCUUCGAACUAGGUUUGGAGAACGUAAGGUGGUUCGUGAUGGGAGAUGACGAUACUGUUUUCUUUACAGAGAAUUUGGUUGUCGUUUUAGGGAAAUACGACCAUAACCAGAUGUACUACGUGGGAGGGAACUCGGAGAGUGUGGAGCAGAAUGUGAUACAUUCUUACUCCAUGGCCUAUGGAGGUGGUGGUUUCGCCGUUAGCUACCCUUUAGCGGCUGAGCUCGUCAGGGUUUUGGAUUCAUGUAUUAAUAGAUACCACAAGUUUUUUGGGUCUGAUCAGAAAGUUCAAGGCUGUUUAAGCGAAAUCGGUAUACCCUUAACCAGAGAGCUUGGUUUUCACCAGCUUGAUAUUCGAGGACACUCCUAUGGGCUAUUGGCAGCGCACCCAGUAGCUCCAUUAGUCUCACUCCACCACAUAAACCACCUGGAGCCAUUGUUUCCUAACCAGACCCGGAUUGACUCUCUCAAAAGACUAAUCGGUGCAUAUGAAAUGGAUCCGGGUCGGAUUCUCCAGCAAACGGUGUGCUACGACUUGAAAAGGAAUUGGUCAAUUUCAGUGUCUUGGGGCUAUACAUUACAGUUGUAUCCUUCACUGGUUUCGGCCAAGGAUCUCACCACAGCGUGGUUAACCUUCAAGACGUGGCGAACGUGGAAUCUUGGUCCUUUUACUUUCAAUACCCGAUUCUUCAGCCAAGACCCGUGUAAGAACCCGGUUUUCUAUUUUAUGGAUCGGGUUGAGAAAACGGGUUCGGACCGGACGUCCACCACUUAUAAAAAACAGGCAUUGACCACCAGUGAUGCCCACCAAUGUGAACAUGUGGAUUACGCUGCAGCGCUUGCUAUUCACUCUUUUAAUGUCUCGGCUCCUCAUUUCAACCCUGAGUUGUGGAAUAAGGCACCACGUAGACAAUGCUGUGAGAUCAUUAACGACGGCGACACAACAGAAGGGGGCACACCACAACUCCUAAUCAGAGGCUGCAAUCAGUAUGAGAGUGUCACUCCUAAUUAGAAAAUAUUAUAUAAAUAUAUAUAAAGGUAUAUUGGUAGUCAUUCUAAUACGUUUAAUCCAUAAUAAGGUAUAGUUGUUUAUUUUUUUCUCA